UCUAAUGAUAUUUCGGUUGUGAUAUUAUGUGCAGCAUCCUCAGCCUUAAUCGGAUCACGGAAAGGUUAAAAAAACCAAAAAAAACAACCUUAGAAUCCCAGAAGUUAAGAAGCUCUGUUCGCCAAAUUUGAAGGUUCUCUUUUGUGGAGAUCGAGAUGUGUGGUUUAGUAAUGAAUCUGCAUGAUCUGAUUGUAAGGCGCAUAGGAAUAUUAAUAAUAUUCACAAUGUCUGCGGAAUCGAUGCGUUUCGACCUUAAAUCGGGCGCCACAAAAUGCAUAUCGGAGGACAUCAAGGGCAACGCCAUGACCGUGGGCAAGUACCACGUCGUCUAUUCCAAUACUGAAAGCUUUCCCGUCCCCGAUACCCACAAGAUCAACGUCAGGGUCAAUUCGCCUCACGGUCAUAGUUAUCACUACGAGAAUCGAGUGGAAUCUGGUAAUUUUGCAUUUACUGGGGUUGAAACUGGUGAUUACAUAGCUUGCUUUUGGACCCCUGAUCAUAAACCCCCGGUGACAGUGGUGGUUGAUUUUGAUUGGAAAACUGGCAUUGCUGCAAAAGACUGGUCUAACGUUGCUAAGAAAGGCCAGAUUGAAGAGAUGGAACUUGAGUUGAAGAAAUUGUAUGAGACUGUCUCAUCCAUUCAUGAUGAGAUGUUUUAUCUUCGUGACAGGGAGGAAGAAAUGCAACAACUCAAUAGAGCAACCAACUCCAAGAUGGCUACCUUUAGUUUCCUCUCGCUUGUGGUUUGCUUGUCAGUAGCUGGUUUGCAGUUAUGGCAUCUGAAGACAUUCUUCCAGAGAAAGAAGGUUAUCUAAUUUGACCACCAAUUUCCUUUUCUGGUAUUUUCUUUUAAUGUUUCAUAGGCUAUAAAUCAUCACCAAUCCAUUUGUUGGACUAGUCGUGCUACUUGCAAAACUAGUUUUAAGCAAUUCUAGGGAAGUCCCUCACACUUUUUGAGUUCAUGUGGUUGAUAGUUUUGUAGAAAACAACCUAUUUUCAAAAUGCGAAAAAUUGCGUUGUUACCA